GCAGGGGAAAUCUGUCACAUUUGUGGCUGUGGCUCGGCUGCCCUCCUAAGCUGCACAGAGUCCAGACAACUAAACCCAAACGGCGGUGUGAGGCAUGAGGCCGGGAAUGAAGGAGGCCACUAUAGGGAUGGGCUGCUGGAUCCCCUGAGCUCGAAGCUAACAGCCAUACGGAAAAGCGGGACAGCAGGGAAAAGGCGAGGCGUUCCACCAUGCUGGUGCCUUGGAGGGCACUCUUCUAUCAGAUGGUGCUAAAUGUAUCCUAUCACAUUGUAAAAGCCAGUUUAUGCCAUGGUGGUCAUGAUAUUUUUGCAACCGUCAAAGAGAACAGUCCCAUGGGGGAAUUCAUUGCAAACAUCACCAUUGCUGCAGAACCAGGGGCCAAUAGCAUUCGCCUGUGCCUCAGUGGGGAGAAUGCUGGUUGGUUUUACCUCGAGGGUCGAACAAUCAGAUUAAACUCAUCGUUUUCAAGGGGCUUGGACCGAGAGGUCCAGGGGACCAUUUUGAUAGCUUCCUUAACAUGUUAUGAAGAGGACAUGAAACAGAAUGAAUACAGACUUAUGGUGGAGAUUUUGGAUGAAAAUGACAACAAGCCAUAUUUUAUUGAAAAGACUAUUCAACCACGGUCUAUUAGCGAGCUGACAUCAGUGAACUCCAUGGCAUUUUCAGUUAAAGCCAAAGAUGCAGAUGGGGACACAAUCACAUACGUCAUUGAUAAAUUGUCUCCUGAUGCCAGCUAUUUUAGAAUUGACCUUCCCAACAGUGGAGUCGUCAUCCUGAACAAACCGCUAGACUAUGAAACUAAAACCCAGCUCGAGGUGGUCAUUUAUGCUGUGGAAAUGAACACAGCUGAGAAGUACAACACGACAGCAACAGUAAGACUGACCGUGCUGGAUGGAGAUGACCAAUAUCCUCAGUUUCUGCCCUGCUCUCCAGUUUCAGAUCACACUAUCUGCACCAAUCCUCUAUACAUCGCUAACAUCUCAGAGGAGCAGGAGAACUCUGUCUUGCAUUUCGCCCCUGGUCCCAUUCAUGCUGAGGACGGAGACAGAGACAUAAUGACACCCUUGAUCUACACCAUCCUGUCAGGUGAUGACAAUGACAGAUUUACCAUCAACUAUGAAACAGGCGAAAUAACCCUGAGACGGCGCAUUCACAGCAGACUGAUGACUCCUUCCUUCCGACUUCUUAUCAUGGCUGCCCAGGUGAAUGAUCCGAAAAAGUACACCGUGACCACUGCACUGGUGCGUGUGGUGGCAGAGAACCGCUUUCCUCCCUACUUCAACAAGACCAUCUACAAGGGUUUUGUCAUUGAGAACUCAAGUCCUGCCUCGCUGGUCUCCACGUAUGGAAAUGAGGUCCUCAUAAUUCAGGCAACAGACAGAGACUUCAGAGAUGGAAUCAACCCGAAAAUUACCUACGCUCUUCACCCUGUGGCUUCCAGUGCCAAGCUGUACCAUAUCACUGAGGAUGGUAUCCUGAUUGCAAAGGCCACUCACCUCAGUGCCUUUGACAGACACAUCCUUGAGGUGGUAGCAACAGACCAAGAGUCGGGUGAGUUUACCAACGCUACUGUGGAUGUUGAAGUUCUACAAAGAGGUCAAGCAGUUCCGAGAAGCCCCUUUGGAGAGGAGCGGUUAUUCGGGGACGUGAACGUGGGCAUAGCCGGAGGUCUGGCCUCUGUGCUCCUGCUGCUGCUGGCAGUGGCAGCACUUUGCCUGCUGGUUCGAUUGCUGAGAAGAUGGCGACACAGACGGGACCCUACAGAGAGAGGGUCUGUGGCACUGGGCAAGCACCCCAAUGUGGAGCCUUCUUCUCCCAUCCAGGCUCACCAGGCCCCUUAGGGAUUAAAAGGCUGCAUAUAAAUUACAAUUGUUCUCAACUAGUUUGGCAUUAUUGUACUUUACGGGACAGGUCCUGCCUACAGAACCGCAGAACAGCCAUCAUCCCUGCCAGAUACAAUCUCAGUACUCUUUCUGGGAAACCUGAUCCAGACCUAUAUGCUAAGGGGCUGGUAUACGAUCAACGGGGUUACC